AUGGGGGCGAAGUCGCUAAUCUGUGGAGUUUGGAUACUUCUGCUGGUACAAGAUAUCGCCAACCAACCGGAGGAUGGAAGACCUUUCAAUAUCGAAUACAUUCCAAAUCACCCAGGGCUCUUCUACGAGGAUAUCGGGCAAGUGAAGCUAGUAGAAAAAGAGUGGCAGAUAAUUGUCACCCUCGACUAUCUUACCAUACACUAUAAGCUGAACAAUGAGACACAACCGCAAUAUGUAUCAGUUUGGAACCACUGCCGGACACUAUUCGAAAUCGAGGAUUGUCAGCAACACCUCAGACAUAACCAGUUCAUGGCACUAAAACGGGAAAGUGAGAUGCUGAAUCAACACCUGACCGAAGUAUUCAAAGCCCAGGACGAAGAAGGAGAGGUUAGCAGAGGCAGAAGGUCACCACUUUUAAAAUUCGUAGGAACAAUCUCACGAAGUCUUUUCGGAACAAUGGAUUACAAUGAUUACAAACAUAUCAACAAAGAGAUAGACAAGCUGUACAGUGGUCAGAAUCAAAUCACGCAUUUGGUCAACAAUGCCACUUAUCUCAUCAGAUCGGAGCUGGACAACAUGGCGCAACACAUGGAGGCAUCAAGAAGAAACAUACAAAUCCUUAGAAAUGCUACAAACCACCUAGAACAAGAGCAAAAUGACCACGCAUUUUCCAUCCGUCGCUUGGAAAUGGCACUAAAAUUCCAACACAUCGGGAAUGAAUUUGUUCAGGCAACAAAAAUCUACCUCGAUUCUACCCGCAAAAUCACAGAAGCCAUAGACGCAGCAAAACAUGGGAGAAUAACCCAAACGUUCCUGACUCCUGAACAACUGGACCAAGCAGCUGAAAAGAUUCGACGUCAUCACCCAGAGUUCGAAUUUCCUAUCCCGAAAGGAAAGACAGACUAUCCUGCUCUGUCAAAAAUCAGUACAAUUCACGUUGGACACACAAAAGGCAAAUUCCUUAUCGUAAUUGCGGUACCACUUCUAAGCAGACAGAGACUGCAAAUAUACCAUGUCCGACCCUGCAUCAAAUCGCAGCAAACAACCAACGGCAUAAUGGUAGCCUGGAUCAAACCUAAGAAACCAUACCUCAUCAUCAGUGAAGAUCGUCAACGGCCCGUCCGCAACACAGUAGGGGUACCAAUAGGAUUCUGGUAUCCUAAGUGGGAGGCGAUAGUUCCACCUCUUCAUUCUGCUCCAAGCGCAGUGUACAAGUGUGUGUCUGGGUUGUUCCAGUAUGCAGGUAUCGUCAUUAUAAGGGUAUCUUUUUAUUGUCAUCGAAGCAUUGGUGUGUUCAGGUGUUUGCUUCUUUUUCCAGUUGGUUCUCUUUUGGGUUCUGUAGAUACUUCGAGAGACGCAGAUUGGUGUUUUCCGACGUUUGAGCGUUUCCAGAAGGAAUUCAUUGUCGAUAUUCGAAUUGUGGAGAACACAUCUUCUACAGAAGAAAACAUGCCCAAAAAUCUGCCCCAUCCACGGAAUUGUUUGGUCAGCACAUACUUGGCAUACAUAGUCGAAGUGCUGACCAGCAUCUUCACUGCGAGGAAUAAAAACAUAUUCGAAUGUCAAUGCUGUUUCUUCGCAGUUGGGCAUUGCAAUACCCCUGCUCUGUCGAUGUUAUGCCUAGCAUCGACACGCAGAGUAUCUUCGCAUCUUUCGCAGAUGCAAAUGCAAUUACAGGGCCUCGCGAUGACAGCAAUCGGCUGCUCAUGGCAUAUCAUGCAUAUGUCGUCAUACUGUUGA